GCGAUCACGUGAGCGCACGCGCUCGGAAAGUGGGUUAGUUAGGAGGACGGAGAAUGAGAGGAACAGAACAGACGAGCGUCUAUCGGCGGCUCCUGCGGCUCCCCAAUAAAGACACUGCUGCUGCUGCAGAUACCAAGGAAAAAAGCCUUUAAUUCAGUCAUGCGUUCAGCUCUGUGCUGUUCUUAAGCAAAAUUAUUAGGAAUUAUGUCACGGUCUAUUUUGCUUUUAGUUUUUUACCUAAAUUAUUGACGUUACAAAAGAAGUUAUAGUUCAGCUCGCUAACAGUAUAGUUGGCUGUUCUGGCAGAAAUAUUUGUACUUUGGAGUUUUGUAAUUUGAAGACAAAUUGUCAGCAUGAGAGCUCAAAUCGAGGUGAUCCCAUGUAAGAUUUGUGGAGACAAGUCUUCAGGAAUCCACUAUGGAGUCAUCUCAUGUGAAGGGUGUAAGGUGAGCCUCUUCUCAGUCAAGUUCGGACGCAUGUCCAAAAAGCAGCGGGACAGCCUGUACGCCGAGGUGCAGAGGCACAAGCGGACGCAGGAGGGUGGGGUUGUGGGCGUGGCCCCUGAGGAGGAAGGGGCGGAGCCGGCGAGGGGCCUCAGCCGUGCCAGCAGCAGCAGCAGCUCCAGUGCCUCACUCAGUGACCUGGACGGGCUACUGUUCGACCUGCCGCUGACGCUGGAUGGCCUGGGGGCCUACUGCGGCCCCGAGCUGCUUCUGGGAGCUUCUGCGGGGGGUGUCGGCAGCUUGUCUGCGCAGAGUUCCCCGGAGCAGGGCGGGCCGGACGGCACGGAUGGCGGCCACGUCACGCAUGGCUAUCAACUGCUGCACGACGCCGGCGUCUUCACACACGAGCUGCUCAGCCCACUGUCCGAUGGAUGCUCGCUGCUCGAGAUUGAGCGCGUCACGCAGAAUAUUGUGCGUUCGCACAUGGAGACGUGCCGGUAUAGCAGCGAGGAGCUUAGGCGUCUGGCCUGGACCCUGUACACCCCGGAGGAGACACGGAGCUUCCAGACCAAGUCCGCAGAGGCCAUGUGGCAGCUGUGUGCCCAUCACAUCACCGGCGCCAUCCAGUACGUGGUGGAAUUCGCCAAGCGCAUCACCGGCUUCAUGGACCUCUGCCAAAACGACCAGAUCGUCCUCCUGAAGGCAGGAUGCCUGGAGGUGCUGCUGCUCCGCAUGAGCCGAGCGUACAACCCCAUCAACAAUACCAUGCUGUUUGAUGGCAAGUUUGCCAGCUCCCAGCUCUUCAAGGCCCUGGGCUGUGACGACCUCAUUGGCGCCGUGUUCGAGCUGGCCAGGGGCCUGUGUCGUCUGCAGAUGUCCGACGAGGAGAUGGCACUCUUCACGGCCGCCAUCCUGCUCUCACCAGACCGGCCGUGGCUUACAGACAUUCUGCAAAUCCAGAGGCUGCAGGAGAGGGUCUACAUUGCACUGCAAUAUUCUCUCCACCAGAGUGGCGCCACUGAGGAAAAACUGGCCAAGAUGGUGUCCAAGUUACCCAUAAUGAAGUCCAUUUGCAACCUGCACAUCGACAAGCUGCAGUUUUUCCGGCUGGUCCAUCCAGAGACAACAUACAGCUUCCCUGCCCUCUACAGGGAGGUGUUCGCUAGUGACAUCUCCUUCCCUGACUUCGCUGAGAGCUAAACUUUGUCCUGGGGUGGGGUGGGGUGGGGUAGCAAGGGGGUUGGCUGAGAUAUAUUGAAACAUGAGAAAACAGUCCUGCAGAACACUAUUUGCGCACAAAGAGGUUCUCUCUGCUGAAUCACUACGCGAUAAUCACAGUGGGCCAAGAAAGGAUAUGUACUAAGUCUUUUGGAGAUGCCCUCUCCUUACGGAAUGUACCCCACAUUCAUGUGACCCAGCCCUGGGGAGUGGGGGGGGCAGAUGUCCUGGAACACGGUGCAGCCUCUUGUGGAGCAGUUAUGAGCAGUUAUGAGCAGUUAUGAGCAGUUAUGGAACACAAGGUCACAGAUUGAAAUCCUCAUAUGAUUCUUAUAUUGGACACUUCAGAACGCUACGUAUGUGUGUUUGGUACAGACCCUAAAUGACGCCUAAAUGAGCUCCAGAGCAAUUCAUUCCCAACUUCAAGCCAGGUAUUUAAAAAAAUUCUCUAACUACACUGUGUGCUUUCUGAAAGCGACACUUCAUUUUUUUCCAUAAUUAAGAAUGUAAUCUGUAAUUUGUAUAUUAUUUGUUCAGAUAACAGGUAGCACAAUAACUUGGUGGAUAGCACUGCUGCCUCUGACCUACAGGGUUGGAGGUUUGAACCCAACCCCACUCUGUUUGUGUGUUGUAUAUUCUCCCAGUACUGUGUGGGUUUGCUGCAGGUACUCUAAUUGCCUCCUGUGCUCCAAAGUAAUGCAGUUAGUAAAUUAGCAUCUCAAAGUGUGUAUGUGAUCUGUAAUGCGAUGUUUCCCAACCCGGUGCUCAGGGACCCCCAGACAGUCCAUGUUUUUGCUCCGGAAGCUGGGAGGGAGCAAAAACAUGGGCCGUCUGUAGGUCCCUGAGGACUGGCUUGGGAAGCACUGCUGUAAUGGUCCUGAAUUCUGUCCUGGGUUUUCCCUGCCUUGUGCCCUGUAUUACCUGGGGUAGGGGUCAAGUUCCCCUGUGACUCUGUACUGCACAAGCAGUUAGAAAAUGGACAAAAGGAUGUUGAAAAGGUCAUUUGGAACGGGAACAUAAACCAACAUUUUUUUGUUGUUUUACUUCUGUGGCGUACAGAUAUACUGUACAGAUAUACAGGAUGAUAAAAUACUGCAUUUUACUUUAUGCACAAGGCUACAUGGUAAUAUAAACACACCACUGACCGCCACGGUUUAGACCAUUAACACAGAGAUAGACAUAUCACAGAUAAUGGACAUAAAAGCUGAAAGACCACAGUCCUACCUCUCUUUUCCUCUGACUAAUGCCUUUAGGUAAUCAUUUGUAACACAAUUACAAAUGCAUGUACUAAAUAAGAAUGUUCCACACGUGUGAUGUAGUAUGUGUUCAUGCAACCACAACUAUAAAAUAAGACUACUGCUCAGUAGACAUUAUGGGACCAUGCAAUGAAUCGGGUUCACCUGUGCUUGUGGAUCCCCUCGUGAGGGUCAGGAGCCCUAACCGUCCCACGCUGUACCAGCUCACCCCUAAGCUUCAUAUGCCCAUCAGUACCUAUUCACCAGUCUUCUGUUGCAGAGAUUGAAUGGUGACCGACAGGUUGUUGGCGUUUGAGUGUUAUGGCACUGUAAAAUUUGUUUUCAUUUUCCAGUUCUACCUCAAGUGCCCCUACCUGUAAAAGAUGAUCUGGGGAUAUGUGCAAAUUCACAAAGUCACUCAGGAAGAUUACUGAUUUUUUUUCCAUCCCCGAUAUCAUGUUCUGUUAACCAAGACACUUUACACUGAACAGAAGACCUUAAACCUUGAUCACUGUGUACAAUAGUUCUUGUGUCCUUGUGAAUGUUAAUCAUAAACGUGUCAAAGACUUUGUCCUUGUCUUAUUUUGAUGUUGUUACAUGAAACUAAAAGAUUUAGGAUGUAAAAGUUAUAUAUUCAUUUAAUUCUUGAAAUGUGUCCAGUUGGAGAUAUUUUUGUCUUCUGGUAUCUUUUUUAUCUUGUCAUGUUUAGGUUAUUUUGUCUUGUAAAAUUGUCAUUCUAUUUUUUUAAAAAACAGAAACAAAACAGAUGCCAUCUCCAACAAUAUAAUUGUCUUUUGUGUCUUCGGUCAUACUUUUGUAUGAGUAAGAAAGGUCUGUAUUGUUGAUGAAAUAUAUAUAUAUAUAAUAUUUAAAGAUACAAAGUAUAAAGUUAAUAGCAGAGAUAUAUUGUUGUAUAACUGGAACACAGUUUGUUGUAUUAAGAAUGUA